GGAGCGCUCAUCAACCCCGCAAUGAUUGUAGAUCCUUUUCAAAUUCUCGUGGCAGCCAACAAGGCAGUACAUCUACACAAGAUAGGUAAAAUGAAGACCAGAACUCUCUAUGCGGAAGUCAUUUGCAGCCUUUCACCAAACAACAAUAUUUCAGAUGCAUUUAAAAAGUUUGGCGUUUCAGACAGUGACACAGCAGUGCUCAUUGUUCUAGUUGUGGACAGUGGCAAAACUGUUAAUUUGGAAGAUAUAGCAUCUCAGGUGGAAGGCCAGCAGGUGCCUCUGGAUGAACUCCCCCAGCUAACUGACACUGCCAAAGUUAAAAAGAUGUACAAAAUUACUCCUCAGGAGGAAAAAAUCGGGACCUUGUUGGACAGUGUUGUUUGCAGAAUGUCUACAAAAGAUGUUUUAUGAAAUGUGGAAAUAAAUUAUUUUUUU